GUUUAUUGCUCAUAAUUUUUUUCCUUUUCUUCUUUGACAGUCUCUUGAGAAUAAAAAGCGCUUGCUUCACUCACAACAAUACCCCGAUACACUCGCUGCUAGGCCCCUAUAACUGCAAACCUAGUGCCCCCCACGCAAGUCCGUCUAGUUGCAUUCCACCUUGUUUGCCUUCACUUAGCUUUCUGUUGCUGCUACCAACACCGUUUCAUCGCCGGCUGGCGUGAUUUGCCUCACAACUUGCAUUGCACACCGUGGUGUUGUCUUGUCCUCCAAAAGGUGCUCAUGGCAUCGUGAUCGACAACAACCUCCCGUCGUAUUCGACAUACACCUUUCACUACCACCUCUCGCCAUGUCGGAACAUGGCAACACGUCUGAGACGGUAGCCUCUCAUGGCCAUGUCUCGGGCCAGUCAAACAGCCCAAUGUCGGCUCCAGCACAUGCUCUGUCUAGCCAAGAAGUUGUCAAGGAGCUGCACGCUGAUACUGCAACGGGCUUGUCUGUUCAAGAAGCAGCGAGCCGUCUAGCAACAGCUGGGCACAAUGAACUCGACAAGAAGAAGGGCGUCCAGCCCAUCAAGAUCUUUGUCGAACAAAUCUUCAAUGCCAUGACUCUGGUGCUUCUGCUUGCUCUUGGUGCCAGCUUUGGUAUCCAAGCUUGGAUUGAGGGUGGCAUUCUUGCCGGCAUCAUUGUUUUGAACAUCUUCAUCGGCUUCUUCCAGACGCUUCAAGCCGAAAGGACAAUCGACUCACUUCGUACACUGGGAUUCCCUACAUGCAACGUCUUCCGUGACGGGACUACCAUCAACAUUCAGACAGCGGAUAUAGUGCCGGGAGACAUUGUGGACCUCAACACUGGAGACUCAGUCCCCGCCGAUAUCCGUCUUCUUGAGGCCGUCAACCUUGAAGCAGAUGAGGCUCUCCUUACGGGAGAAUCUGCUCCUGUAUCAAAGAGUCCGGGCAUGACCUUUGCAGAGGACACUGGCCCAGGUGAUCGUCUCAAUGUCGUCUUCAGCUCUACUACCAUCACUAAAGGCCGUGGCCGUGGUGUUGUUUUUGCAACAGGCAUGUUUACGGAAAUAGGACUUAUUGCCAAGGCUCUGCAGGAUACAGGCAAGAAGCCCGCUGGUUCCAAGUCUGACUCCGUCUUCAUGAAACUAUGGCGUCCCAUUAAGGAAUGGGGAGGCGAAUUUCUUGGCCUCACUAUUGGAACACCGCUCCAGAAGAAGCUCUCGCAGCUCUUCUUGUGCCUGUUUGCUUUUGCCAUCGUCUGCGCAAUUAUUGUAUUGGCUGCGAACAAGUUUGACACUCAUACCGAUGUUAUUCUCUACGCUGUCACCACCGCUAUUGGAACCAUCCCUGUAUCCCUACUCUUAGUUCUGACCGUCACCAUGGCUGCAGGUACUAAGAAGAUGCUGGAACGCCAUGUAAUUGUCAGAAACCUAUCCAGUCUCGAAGCUCUUGGUGGUGUCACAAAUGUCUGCUCCGACAAGACAGGCACCAUUACACAGGGACGAAUGAUUGUGCGAAGUGCUUGGAUCCCGACCCACGGCACGUACUCAGUACAGACUACAAAUGAUGUCUACAACCCACAUGCUGGGACCGUCUCUUUUGAUGCUGCCGACCCCAAGGAUUUGGCAGAUGUCAAUGAAAAGCACGAAGCUGCCGUUGUUUCGCCCGUUGACGAAGCUGCGGCCCACGAAAAGCUACAGCGAUAUCUCAACAUUGCAGCAUUGGCAAAUCUGGCAACGCUUGAGCAGAACGCCGAAGAUGAUGCAAACCCUGGAGACUGGACAGCCCGUGGAGCUCCAACAGAAAUUGCUGUAGAAGUCUUUGCGGCUCGAUUUGGAUGGGGUAGAAGUGCUCUUACACAGGAUCCCAAACCACGCUGGACCCAUGUAAACGAAUUUCCAUUUGACUCAGACGUCAAAAAGAUGUCUGUACUGUUCAAUGACUCUGAUGGAAAGACCUACGUCUUUACCAAGGGCGCUGUUGAAAGGGUCAUUCCAUCUUGUAAAUACAUGACCUCCGCAACAGGCAUCGAACUAUUCACGGACGAUCACGAAAAGACUAUUCUCCAGAAUAUGGAAUCAUUGGCUAGCAAAGGCCUGCGUGUUCUUGCUCUUGCCCACAAGGUCAACCCCGAAGCACUGUCUGUUGGGAGCUUUGACCAUGGCAAGCCGCCCAAGCGUGAUGCAUUUGAAUGUGAUCUGACCUUUUGCGGACUCAUUGGCAUAUAUGACCCUCCUCGUCCAGAGUCUGAACCAAGUGUUCGAGCCUUCCAUGGCGCUGGUAUCGUCGUGCAUAUGCUUACUGGUGAUCAUCCGCAAACUGCCCGCGCCAUUGCACAGGAGGUUAGCAUUCUGCCACCCGAGGAAGACAUGCGCAAGCUUUCAGCAGCCGUCACUGCCUCUAUGAUGAUGGCCGCACACGAAUUCGAUGCGCUCACAGACGACCAAAUCGACGCUCUGCCUGAUCUUCCCCUUGUCGUUGCACGCUGUGCUCCAAGCACAAAGGUGCGAAUGAUCAAAGCGCUACACCGAAGAAAUCGAUACGUCGCCAUGACUGGUGAUGGUGUCAACGAUAGCCCCAGCUUGAAGCGUGCUGAUAUUGGCAUUGCCAUGGGCUCCGGCUCAGACGUGGCCAAGGAAUCAUCUGACAUCGUCUUGACUGAUGACAACUUUGCGUCUAUUCUUAAUGCUAUUGAGGAAGGUCGUCGCAUCUUUGAUAACAUUCAAAAGUUCAUUCUUCAUGUGCUUGCUGCCAAUAUUGGCUUUGUUAUUGCCCUCCUAACUGGUCUGGCAUUCAAGGAUAAGACGGGAGUGUCUAUCUUCCAACUGACGCCGGUAGAAAUCCUGUGGAUGCUGCUCGGCACUGGUGCAUUCUGCGAGACUGGUUUGGGAUUCGAAAAAGCCGUCCCUGAUAUUCUCAACCGCCCUCCUCAUAACCUUAAAUACGGCGUCUUCACUCCCGAAUUCAUGCUCGACAUGAUUGUGUACGGCUUUUUAAUGGCCGGCUGCGUUCUGGGCUCCUUCACGACUGUCAUCUUCGGAUUUGACGAUGGCAACUUUGGUGUCGAAUGCAACAACCGCUAUUCAGCAGAGUGCGACGCUGUCUUCCGCGCCCGAGCCACUUGCUACACCACCAUGACAUGGAUCUUCCUUCUAUUCUCGUGGGAGCUAAUUGACUUCCGUCGAUCAUUCUUUUAUAUGCCUCGAGGAAUCAAAGCUUGGUUUGGACAUCUUUGGGGCAACCAGUUUCUGUUCUUCGCCAUUACGGUUGUCUUCUUCAUCGUCUUCCCUACUCUCUACAUUCCCGGCCUCAACCACAUCGUCUUUUUACACACUGGCAUCAGCUGGGAAUGGGCCGUUGUCUUUAUUGCCGUUGGCAUCUGGAUUCUGGGUGCCGAGGCCUGGAAAUGGGCCAAGAGAGUCUACUUCCGCAGAACCUCACCUCAGCCUGAUAAACGCUCUGGACGAGACAUGGCUUAGGCUCUUUUUGAAUGGCAUGCGUACAUUUGAAUACAUACAUAAUAACGGCCACUAGGGCUAUUGUGUUUACUCCAUGUUGGCCUAUCCCUUUUAGAUUAGAGAGGCCGGAAAUUGUUCACUGCAUAUUUGCAUAUUAUUUUGUUCUAAUGUGGCUAGAGUAGAUAUAGACAAAAAAAUGUAAAUGAUAUAAUGCUUCGCUUUUGGGGGAAUCAAGGGGAGAGGAGCCAGAUUGUAUCUACUCUCGUCAAACAAUUAAAAAGUUGAGGUUAGGGUCUUUCAAGGCCUGGAGCCAAUUCCUUGCGCCGCUGUCCUUGGUAUCCAUGCCCCAUAUGACGGGAAGGGCUUCCAUCGCCGUAUAAAGGAAUCCCCAGGGACACGAUACGACCAGCCUUUGCAGACGGUUCAUGAUCCAAUCUUGGCGCGGUUGACCGUAAGCCUCUGCGCCUGCUAUAAAGGUUGGCCAUGUCGUGGCCUUGAAGUUGGGAUCGUGGUCUGGAAUCUUAUCCAGGUGACUAAAGAUGUCUUGCCCAAGCUGUUCUCGCAGCUCAGGGCCUACGACCUGUCCAAGCGAUGGGACAGCCUGUAAGAUAUACAAGCAUAGCGCAACCCGAUGGGCAGACCCAGCAUGAAUUCGACUGACGAUGGGAACAUCCUUUAGGGAUGGGAUAUUAAGAACGUCGCUAGCCCAUGCAAUCACAUCGAAACUCUGAGCACGCUGCAGCAGCUCCAGGCCAGCUUUGGAUGUCUCUUCACUCUGGUUCUCCUCCGGUGGUAAGUUGGCGAGUUCACUGGCGGCGUGGAGAAUUUGUAGAAUCUCUGGCGGGCAGCAGAAGUAGCUGUUAUGAGCGGCUCGGCCAAGGAUUUGGGGAAUCUUUUCGGGCUCAAUCUUGAACUUGAGAUGCAUUUGUUGAGCGACAGGCAUGAAGGCAGAGGCAAGAAUAAAGUAGCU